AUGAGACCGAUGGAUAUGGGGCCCAGUCUCCGCAAAGGGGGGCAGGCCACGCAGGACCUCUCGCGAAGUUGCGCCAAAGCAUUUCGCUCCUCCAGCCCGCGGUCGACAUGGAAUACGAAUGGUGAUCGGUCGACCUUCUUUCCUAACGCAGCACAAGCGUCGACGCCCCAAGGGGAUUGUCAGAGGUCGCCAGCGUGCUUGUCCCAGACCAUGGACAAUUUCGGAGAUGAACAUUGGUUCGAACGGCUGUUAUGCCCCUCCCCCAAGCCCGGCUUGUCUUUUGCAACGUUAGUGGGAGGAUGA